AUACUUUUCUCCCAAAGCAAUUUACAAUUGUUUAUUUAUAACACAUAUUUACUUAUACAUCUGAGUACUUCAAGCAGAUUUUACCUGAGCAUCACCAAUUCACCUGAACUGCAGGAAGGUGUUUCACUGGCAAGUACCAGCGUUGCUCAAUACUACACAGCUACUACUGAGCUAGAGAAAAGAUUUGAACUACUACUUGCGCAAGUUGCGGGUCUAAAGACGGAAGCUUUAACUACUACGCUAUCAAUUUCAGAAUACAGAGUCACCACUCUUCACCUGAACUACACGUCUUUAGCCCGUGGAAGGAAAGCUGCGCAAACACGGGAGAACGUGUCAUUUUCGUGGCGUGAAUUUAAAAUGGAAUUAUUAUGAAACUUCAACUUGUGAAAAGUACCUACCAUGACGUCAUUUAUUUAAAGCUCCGCCCCUGCCUCCCUUCCCUCAACAGUCAGCUGCGUCCUCGAUAGUUCUCUUAGUCUAGGGGGACAGGGAACCUCGAGAAAGGCGAAAAUAUACACUAAUCUUUGUAAUUUGCCUCAGUUCUUUGUAAAACGUAGCAUUCUACUCCGUUUUCAGUAUAUAUGUAAUCUUAAUGACUAUUUGAACUAGGAAUUUCACUUUUGGUUUCACGCUCAGCCGUCAUGAUCAGAUAAAGGGACAUGACGUCAAACACCGCUGUUUACCACAGUCCAACAAGACAAGGAACGAGGUCGUGGACAGGCUGCAGUUUGAAAUCCGCACGGCUACUUGCUUUGCAAUGAAUGAAGAACAUUUUGAGAUGAUCAACCUCAUUAUGGAUGAGCUGAGCCAGGAGGAGAGGAAGCGGUCAUUUUACCUCUGUGCUGACCUGAACGCGGGCACCUGCGGGGAGGACCUGAGAGAAAAGCUGGAGUCUCUGAUCACACGUGGGCAGGUGGGCCCUCUCUUCUUGCUGGAGCUCAUGUGCAGGAUACGUCGCUUUGACAUUCUGAAGAAGGUGCUGGGGACCAAUAGGCAGGAGGCGGAAAGACUCAUACGAAGCGGAUCUGUUGUUUCAGACUACAGAGUGUUAAUGGCUGAUAUGAGUGAAGACAUGGGAAAAGAAGACUUGAGUGCUUUGAUAUUUCUUCUCAGUGGCAUUCUGCCAAGGGGGAGGCAGGAGACUGCCACGAGCUUUCUGGAUGUGGUUAUGGAGCUGGAGAAGAUGGACAAGGUCUCCAGCGAGAAUGUGGACCUAAUUGAACAGUGCCUACAGAAAAUCCAUAGAGCAGACCUUGCCAAAAGGGUGCAGUGGUACCAGAGGAGAGUAAAGCGGUCACCUUACCUGGGUUGGAUUUCCUGCUCCUGCUGUAGACCCAUUAUCAAGUACUUACCCAGAAUAGAUGAUUUAAGAAUGACCUACUUGUAUCAAUGGUCUCAGAGUCACAGAUCAGUGCCAGUGUUCAAAACCAGAGAGAGAGCCACCCAGUUUGCAAACACGGCAUGUCAGCAAUCAUUAAGGACAAAAGCUCAGGAGAACAUAAAAAUGUCAGUUCCUGAAACAGGGAGGCAGUAUUGUCAGGAUUCUUCAGAGACGUACCAGAUGCAGGCGCAGCCCCGGGGCCUGUGUGUGAUCAUCGACUGCGUGGGCUCUGACGGAGACUUGCUGGAGGAGACGUUCCGGCGGCUACACUUCAUGGUGAAACAGCGCAAGUGGCUGAGUGUGAUGGACACGUGGUCCUUCCUGAAGAAGAUGGCCAAACUGAACCGGGAACACCAAGAGGCUGACGCCUUUGUCUGCUGCAUCCUUAGCCGGGGCAUCGGCGCCAACCUGCUAGCCACUGAAGACCGGGGUCCGGGGAUUUCUUUGGACUCUGUGCGGCAGCUCUUCGCCACAGACUCCUGUCCGUCGCUGGGAGGAAAGCCCAAGCUGUUCUUUAUCCAGAGCUACAUCAUCUCCGCACCCCCUCUAAGGUGGCACAGAGACGAGGACUUGGAAACGGAUGGGCCAGCGGUAGCGGUGAAUGUGGAGUUGGUGCCAGAGGGCGCAGACGUUUUGUGGAGUCACUGCUGCACGGAGGCGCGGAACCUGGAGUCGGGGAGGCACCGAUCAGUAUAUGCGCGUGCCUUGGGCGCCGCUCUGCUGAAAGGGCAGGAGAGGAGGAUGCAUAUGUUGGACGUUCACACCGAGAUAAACUCGGUCAUUUAUGACCACAACCAGAAGAACCGGGAGGAGGUGUACUCGCUGAGCCUGCGACACACUCUACGGAAAGCCCUCUUCCUGAAAUAAAGGGGCCUCUUUCCCUUCCAUGGCAGGUACUUGUCCCCGAGUUUGCUCAACACUACAACUAGGAAGAACAGUGAAGAAUUCUGACUUCAUGUGCAGCUACGUGGCUCCCCCUCCUGGUUGAACUGAAUGUAGCAGUUUUCGUCUGUAUGUGUGUUUUUGUUGUAAAUAUCUUGUUCAUUGGCAGUGAUGGAAAUAGUCUUAGGUGUGACUUUUAAACAAUAAUAAAUUACAGUUUAGAUAUAAUGCAGCUAUACUUACACCAUUUGUGUGUGUGUCUUUUUGAACACAUGUUUGUUGUGACCCCCCCCACACUUUUUAAAUGUUGUUUUGUACUGGUUUGUUUUAACAGCCUUUAUUAAAGUUCUCAGUAUGCAGUUUCUCACCCAUUAAGGACAGAUUUGCACCACUCUGAGUAUUGUACUUAGGAAGGAGGGCUAGAGACUUGUGGAAGUCACAAACGCCACAUGUCUGAACCCAGAGCCCUAGAACUGGGUUGGUAUCUACAAUAAGCUGUUUGUAACUUACACUUGUAAGUACUUAAAUAUGUAUGAGUCAGGGUAAGUGUUGUAUUCAGCACCUGUAUGUUUAAUUAUGGGCCAGCAUGUGGUGUAGUGUUUAGAAUAACUGCAGAACUAUGACAAAUGGUAACAAGAAAAGGUACACAAAAAGAAUAAAUAAGAAUAAUAAUAAUAAUGUUAGUAAUUUAUAGCAGUAAGACAUGUUAGGGACAAAUUUCUUGACUUAUGCAGCCUAAUUUCACUUGAUCUAACUUAAUUUCACUAGUAAGACUUAAAUUUGUUGUGAUAAC